UUCGAAAAUUGCGCGAGUUUCUCACAUUCGAAUGAGCUCGCUGCUGCGUAACCUGCUGCAAUUCACCUGAAUCUGAAUCAUAUGUUGUGCUGGUUGUGCCGGCCGGUUUAAGAGGUUAUGCUCCUAUAAACAUGAACGAAGAGAGGCUCCGUCGUUCAAUACAAACACAGUUUCGUACUAACAAUUCGUUUUAAUUCAAUGUUUCAAUAUCAUUUUGUACAUUUGAAUUAAAAAAUUUUGUACAUUUGUAAAAAAAAGUGAAGAUGAGAUUAGUAAGUCUCAAGUUAUUUCCUACUUUGAGACGUUCGAUUUAUAAAAGAACACAGCAGCAAUGUUCCACUUGGCUGGAACCAGAAGGUUUCAUGACAAAUAUCAAAGUUUAUAAUCCAAUAACGAAGUCGAAAGUACCGUUGAUUCUUAAAAAAGAUGGAAUCGCAACUUGGUACAUGUGUGGACCCACUGUAUAUGAUUCUGCUCACAUUGGACAUGCAUGCACAUUUGUCCGAUUUGAUAUCAUCAGAAGAAUACUCUCACAAUUCUUCAACAUCAAUGUCAUAACUGCUAUGAGUAUAACUGAUAUUGAUGACAAAAUAAUUCAACGUUCCUUGGGAUCCAAACGAGAUUGGAAGGAGUUGACGAAAAGUUAUGAAAAAGAAUUUUUUGAAGAUAUGGAAUUCUUGAACGUUGUACCACCUUAUUUGUACUGCAGAGUCACUGAUUAUAUUCCACAAAUCAUUCAUUUUGUUGGGAAAAUUUUAGCCACGAAUUCUGCCUAUAUUGGCAAGGAUGGGUCUGUUUACUUUGACACAAAAAAAUAUGACAAAUACGGUAAACUUUACAAAGCAUUACCGAGCGAAGAGCACUCGAUAAAAAAUUCAACGAAUGACUUUGCAUUGUGGAAAGCUUCAAAGCCUGGAGAACCUUUUUGGGAAAGCCCAUGGGGCAAUGGACGACCAGGCUGGCACAUAGAAUGUAGCACAAUUGCCAGUACCAUAUUCGGCUGUCCUAUAGACAUUCACAGCGGUGGGAUAGAUUUGUUAUUUCCUCACCAUGAAAACGAGGAAGCUCAGUCAUGUUGUUACCAUGCAGUUGAUCAAUGGGUCAACUAUUGGCUACACAGCGGUCAUCUGUACCUGUCUGAAAGCCAAAAAAUGUCCAAGAGUCUAAAAAACACCGUCAGCGUUCGUGAUUUGUUAAAAACUUACUCGUCCAAUCAAUUUCGACUGUUUUGUCUGCUCACACAUUAUAGAACUGGUAUCGAAUUUUCCAAUGAGAAAAUGCACGGUGCAAUAAGGAUAUUGCAGAAAUUGGAAAAUUUUUUAAGCGAUUGCCAAAGUUAUGUAUCUGGACGGUUGAUCGUGGCGUAUAUAGAUGAAAAUUUGGUCAUUGAUACGUUACAAAACACAAAGAAAAAGGUAUAUUCAGCUUUGACAAAUGAUUUUGAUACAAGAAGUGCACUGGCCGCAAUUGAAGAACUCAUUACCGUUGUAAAUAAAAUGUUGAGAGAAACUGAGACGAAAAGCAGUGAAUCUGUGAGUAAAAAUAUUUAUUGUAUUGCUGCAGCGGCUGAGUACGUAAGCAAGAUUCUUGCAGAUUUAGGCUUUUCCGAGAAACAAAGCUCAGCGAGGAAUGCAGAUCAAUUGGGUGAAAUUAUUCAGAGUUUCGUGGACUUUCGAUACGCUGUACGAGCUAGAGCUUUAAGUCUGGAUAUUAAGGAUCAAAUAAUACUGAAAACUUGUGACGAAGCUCGCAAUAAUUUAAGUGCUUGCGGUGUUAAAAUAAAAGAUCAUAAAAAUACUUCAACGUGGACACUUAGCCAAGAUUGAGGGGCUGCUACCCGUUUGAAUGCUAUUGAUGUUCUGGGCUCCUAUGUGUAUGCGUCCCAACGUCGAGCCGAGUUUGUCCUUCGUCACAUUUUUCGUUUUCUUAUCCUUCAAUGCCUUUGGCUUUCUACAAGAUUGCUUGAAUAAAUCGUCAGAUGCGAGCUGCGUUCUUCUCAUGCUAAAAUCUACUGAAGGCCCGAUUUCAUUCAGUUCUAUUCGAGGAAUUCUAGUACCGGAUUUUUUCAGCGAUACCCUGGAAUAAAAAGAAAUAUCAAAAACUGUAUGUCGAUCAUUCGUUCUGUUAUUUUUCAAAUAUAAUAUUGAGAUGGUAUUUGAGGUCUAAUCUAUUACAGAAUUUAAGCUGGUAUUUCUGUAAAAUUAUUCCACAUACCUGUAACUUCUCAAUAAAAUCUUAUUUUCAUAA